AUUUUGUCACUCCUUCAAAAAGUAGAAAGAAUAAAAGAGAAGUAGUUAUCUUCUUAGAUCGAGACGGAGACCAAAUCAUCUUCUCUCUCACAUGAUGGAAUCAAUCACAACAGCAUUAAACAUUGACGUUGAUUUCAAUGUCACAUUUUCACUAUAAAUAACCUCCAACUUAUUAUUUUUGCCAGCGCACAAUUUUGGAGCCCAAAAUUAUUCACAAUCUCGCCGUCCGAUCAUCCAACCACCGUCAAUGGAUGUCCGUCGGAGAUUCCCGACCAAGCUUCCUCCUCAAAACGACGACGAAGAAGUCUCCAACGUCACUGCUCCUCGCAAAGCCUCAGACGCGCUUCCUCUCCCGCUAUACCUAACCAACACUUUCUUCCUCUCGCUCUUCUUCGCUAUGGUCUAUUUCCUUCUCAGCCGAUGGCGCGAGAAGAUCCGUAACUCGACUCCUCUCCACGUCGUUAGCUUAUCGGAGAUCUCCGCACUCUUCGGUCUCGUCGCGUCGUGCAUCUACCUCCUCGGAUUCUUCGGCGUCGACUUCGUUCAGUCUGUUUUCUUCCGGUCUUCUUCCGAUGACGACGUUUGGGCCGCCAACGAGAUCGAUGAGGAUUUGAGGAAGAUCCCUUGCGGUCAAUCGCUUGAUUGUUCUCUCCCGAUUAAACCUAAUUCAGUCGAUCCUCCUCGUGAAUCGGAUCUCGAUUCGGAGGAAGAUGAAGAAAUCGUCAAAUCGGUGAUCCAAGGAACCAUCCCUUCUUACUCACUCGAGACGAAACUCGGAGACUGCAAGCGAGCCGCAGCGAUAAGACGAGAAGCGGUUCAGAGGAUAACCGGUAAAUCCCUAACCGGUCUCCCAUUGGAAGGCUUCGAUUACAAUUCGAUUUUGGGACAGUGCUGCGAGAUGCCGGUUGGGUAUAUCCAGAUUCCGGUUGGAAUCGCCGGACCUCUGCUGCUCGACGGCAUUGAGUACUCUGUUCCGAUGGCGACUACAGAGGGUUGCUUGGUUGCUAGCACCAAUAGAGGCUGCAAGGCUAUUCACUUAUCCGGAGGCGCCUUCAGUGUUUUAGUGAACGACGCCAUGUCUAGAGCUCCAAUCGUCAGAUUCCCUUCCGCAAGAAGAGCCGCUCUUGCCAUGUUUUAUCUACAAGAUCCUGAUAAUUUCGAGAGAUUGUCCAUCAUUUUCAACAAAUCGAGUAGAUUUGCUAAGCUUCAGAGUAUCAAAUGCAAGAUUGCUGGAAAGAAUCUAUACCCGAGGUUCUCUUGUAGUACUGGUGAUGCUAUGGGGAUGAACAUGGUCUCCAAAGGUGUUCAGAACGUAUUGGAAUUCAUAAAGGCAGAGUUCCCUGACAUGGAUGUUAUUGGCAUCUCAGGGAAUUACUGUUCGGACAAGAAAGCCGCGGCUGUAAACUGGAUAGAAGGACGCGGGAAGCAUGUUGUUUGUGAAGCAACUAUUCCCGGUGAGAUUGUGAAGAAAGUGUUGAAGACUAGCGUAGAGGCUCUUGUAGAGCUUAACAUGCUCAAGAACCUUGCUGGUUCGGCUAUGGCUGGUUCUCUUGGUGGAUUCAAUGCUCAUGCCAGCAAUAUAGUAAGCGCUGUCUUCAUCGCCACUGGCCAAGACCCAGCUCAAAACGUGGAGAGCUCACACUGUAUAACCAUGAUUGUAGCUCAAGGCGACGACCUUCACAUCUCUGUCUCGAUGCCUUGCAUUGAGGUUGGUACUGUUGGAGGUGGGACACAGCUUGCAUCACAAGCAGCUUGUUUGAAUCUGCUCGGUGUGAAAGGAUCGAGCGACGAAGACGAGGAAGCUGGCUCGAACGCGAGGCAACUGGCGAGAAUUGUGGCUGGUUCGGUUCUUGCGGGAGAGCUUUCGCUAAUGUCUGCAAUUGCAGCUGGACAGCUUGUGAAGAGCCACAUGAAGUACAAUAGAUCAAGUAGAAACAUUGGCCCUUCGUCUCAGGUCAACAGAUGAUGUUGGAGCACGAAGACAGUUAAAUAAAACAAAACAACAAAAAGCCAAAAAAGAAACAAAAAUAGACUGAUGUAAUUUUGUUAACCUCAUUUGAUUUGUUCUUCAUCGAUUUCUCUCUAUGUAGUUUUGUACUCACUCAGUUACCAAAUCUAUUUAUUACUAUGUAAAGUCAUUUUUGUCAUUCACUCCUCUCACUCCUAGACCGUUGGAUUAUCUCCUACGUUUCAAUCCAACGGUACGUAUCUAAUCUGAGUAGAAAAGUCUCAUCGUCUCAUGACCAUCAGAUUUCCUCUCUCCCCGUUCUUGUCGAAACCUCACCAAAAUCUCCGAAACCUGCGAACAUCGUCGAGAUCGUCUUUGUGUCCCUAAACUCUAAAUUCUGACCGAGAGAUCAAUGGGAAGUGAAGAAGCGAAGGAUCCAUGGAAAGGAGAAGAAGAGUGGGGAAAUGGGAAUCAGGCGAAGAAGAAGCCAAGUGCGGAGGCUAAAACGGUGACGAGGGCGAGGAAACAGAUCCCGAGGGGACUUGAGGAAAAAUACGAAGCUUACUUCCUCCCCAGGAAGCCUUGGCCUAAGGCUCUUGCCUUCUAUGGAAGUUUCAUCCUUGGUGGGAUUGGUGCUGGUAUGCUUCUGGAGACUUGGAUCAACAAGAAAGUCAAAGAGGAUGGAGGAGUGAUAUGGGAGUUUGACAAAUGAAGCUAAUGAAUAUGGAAAAAUGGUGCAGUUGGAGAGGAUGAAGUAAAGGAGUACAUUUGUGACUUUUGUUGUGUAUGUACAUCAGAUGCAUCGAUUACAAAUUCCACUACAAGAGAAUUUUAGUAGAAUCACUCUUCUUUCGAUCGUUUCUAUUUUAAAGUGUCAAUGCAAAAGUUGGAAAGAAAGAAAAAAUGUCCAAAAGAAACGAUGCUAUAUAUAUCAUAGCAAUUCGAUCAAUGUGAUUUUAAAAUUUAGCACCAAGUUUCUGAAUUUUGUAAAAAACACUUAUGAAAUUGAGUGAAAAUUAUGAAAUAGUGGAAACAAUUUUAUAUGAAUUGGAGAGAGA